AGAAGAAACUUCGUUGUGUGAGAGGGAGCUGAGAAAAAUCGUAGAAUCGCGAAAUGGAGAAGAGAGAACUGGAAGGUGCAGUUAUUGCCAAGGUCAAAGAAGUCAUUUCAGCUAUAAUGAACGCGAAACACGUUGAUGAAGUCGUUUGUGCGCUUCAUUCUAUUGCCGCUCUUCUUUUCCCUCUUGAUUCUUCUCUUAUUUCAGGUAGCAUUGAAGAGUGUUACCGAGAUAAGGUGUUAGGAGUAAAAAUUCCUUCAGUUGAAGAACGAUAUGAUUGGUGGGAUGCAUUUUACAGAGGAGUUGGGUUUCCUACACUAGCCAGGUUCUUGUUGCUUGAUGUUGCUCCCAAUUGGUUGGGAUGUUUCCCCAUUUCAGCACAGAAACAUGCUUAUGAUGUUUUCUUCAGUCAUGGACUUGUCAGUGAGGUGGUUCAGAUUUUAGUUCCUUUUCUGCAGCAGAAUGGGAGUGAUGGUCUUGAUGUUAGCGCUGUCAUCUCAAAUUCCGAAAGAUUGCUUGUACUGUGCUUGCUUGAAAAUUAUGGGAUGCUUCAGUUAGCAAGAGAGUUUGGGGAUCCUUCUAAAUCAAAAGGUUUUACUAAUGAACGGAUCAGACCUGCUGUGUCUAGAGUGGCACAGAUUGUUGCGUCUAUUCCUGACAAAGCUAGAAUGAACACCCUGACUUUGUUGUCAUCACAUGUAUUCUUCAAACAGAUUAUUGCACAGCUUCUUUCGCUAGCAGAAGAAAGAGACACGAGUUUGCUGGAAAAUGUAGAUGCGUUGGAUGAAAUGGACAAGAAUGGUGCAUUGUUAUUUGUUGGGGAAAUGUUUUCUCGUAUUUCUCGCCGUGGUUUUGCUGAUUUGCUAUCAAGUGAAUUAGUGCCUCGAGUUUUAGGGCUUGUCAAGAAAUGCUUAUCUUCAUCUAACCACUCAUCAACUAAGGGAUUGCUUGAGUCAAAUCCAGAGUUUAUGUGUUGGUCGAUUAUCAUGGAAGCAAUUAGGGAUCCUUAUACCAUGGAAAGAAUUUCUGAGCAUAUUUUGCAUCAGCUAGCAACUCAUCAUGCUGAUGAUGUCCAAGCCUAUUGGGUUCUGUGGCUAUUAUUCCACCGCAAUUUUAAGGUGCAAGCUUCCAUCAGGUCCAUGUUUGUUGACAAAUUCCUGCUUUGGAAGGUAUUUCCUAUUACCUGCCUGAAAUGGAUCCUCCAAUUUGCUGUACAUGAGUGCCCACCUGGUAAUUCCUUGUCAGGACACAAUCGUCCUAGGUUCUCGAAUAUUGUCGAACGGCUAGUGACAACAUGGUCCAAGAAAGAAUUUGUGCAAACAGCACCUAUUGAGCAGCAAGCUUAUAUAUCUGCAGCUCUUGGACUUUCUUUAGAGACAAUGUCUAAAGAAGAAUUGGAUGGGAUGAAGGAUUCCAUGCAUUUGAUUCUUCAAGGAGUUAGCUGUAGACUGGAGAGUCCUAACGAUUUAAUUCGCAAAAUGGCUAGUAAUGUUGCCUUGGUGUUUUCUAAAAUUAUUGAUCCGAAAAAUCCUCUGUACCUCGAUGAUAGCUGCAGUGGGGAGACAAUUGAUUGGGAGUUUGGAUUCACUGCCCUCAAGAAACCAAAUUGUGGAGAAAAGAUAGUUGAGAAAACGAAAUCAUCUGAACUGCCAAGCAUGGACAAAGACUCCGACUUUCCUGUCAAUAAAGGAAAAAGCAUUAGUGUAAAGGUUAAAAAGAAGUUAUUGGACUUUGAUACUCUUGAUCCAGAUGAGAUUAUUGAUCCAGCAUCCCUGAAUCUUGAAUCAGACAUUGAUGAUGAUGACGACGACGAUGAUAGUGCAAGUGAGAAUUCAUAUUCGUCAAGUGAUUCAUCUUUGCAGCCAUAUGAUUUGUCAGAUGAUUACUCAGAUCUGAAAAAAAAUUUCUCCCAGUUGACUGAUAUUGUUGCGGCACUUCGAAAAUCAGAUGAUGCUGAAGGGGUGGAAAGAGCUCUUGAUGUUGCUGAAAAGCUUAUAAGAGCGUCCCCAGAUGAACUAAAACAUUCCGCAAGGGAUCUAACCAGAACUCUUGUUCAGGUUCGUUGCUCUGAUAUAUCUUUAGAAGGUGCAGAAGAGUCAGCAGAAGAGAAAAGACAAAGAGCGUUAGUUGCAUUAGCUGUCACCUCCCCGUUUGAAUCGCUUGAGACACUGAACAAACUGUUGUAUUCGCCUAAUGUAGAUAUCAGCCAACGCAUUAUGAUAUUAGAUGUCAUGACAGAAGCGGCUCAGGAGCUCGCUGAAUCAAAAAUUUUGAAACCCAAACAUCCAACUAGGGAGACUAGUUCCCUUAUUUCAGUUGUUUCGGAUACUCGACCUUGGUUCUUGCCUAGCAACUCAGGGACUCCAGGGGCAAGUUCCUGGAAAGAGAUCUCAGGAACUGGAGCUUUUCAGAACUGGUCAAAUACCUAUGAGAGGGAACUUCCCCCGAAACCUAACCAGGCCAUGAAAGGGAAAACACGCCGGUGGAGCCUAAGAUCCCCCUUUGCAGAACAAAACCAGAUUGAGUUUUGUCAGAACAAGUUUCCCAUGUAUGCUGCUGCAUUCAUGCUUCCUGCUAUGGAGGGAUAUGAUAAGAAAAGGCAUGGUGUUGACUUGCUUGGCAGGGAUUUUAUUGUCCUUGGGAAACUCAUUUAUAUGCUUGGUAUUUGCAUGAAAUCUGUAGCCAUGCAUCCAGAAGCGUCUGUGCUAGCUCCUUCCCUCCUAGAUAUGUUGAAAUCCAGAGAGGUAUGCCAUCACAAGGAAGCAUAUGUGAGAAGAGCUGUCCUCUUUGCAGCAUCAUGCGUAUUGGUUGCUGUUCAUCCUACUUACAUUUCUUCUGCCUUGCUCGAAGGAAAUGUGGAAAUUGCCUCUGGCCUUGAAUGGAUUCGCACAUGGGCCCUUGAUGUAGUAGAUUCAGACACAGAUAGAGAAUGCUAUAUGAUGGCUAUGAAGUGUUUACAGCUCCAUGCGGAGAUGGCUCUCCAAACUUCGCGAGCUUUGGAGUCAGCAAAAAGUUCAUUAAAGUACAGUCCUGCUCUUCCUUCCGAUGCAUCCAAAGUGACCAUUAAGAUCCCCUAUUUAAACAAGGAUUAGCCAUUUUUCUUGCUACUGUGAAUUUUUUUUUUAUCCUGCAGAAUGUAAAUUCAAAGUCACUCUAUUUUUUGGGUCAACGGAAUCACUCUACUUUCCCCUCUGCUGCUUUUUCAUCUUAACUUUUAGGCCACUCCUUGUAUCUUAUAUAAAAGGGUAAAAAACCGUAAUAAGCCAAGGGAAGAAGUGUGUAACGUAAAUACGCCAAACUGAAAAUCGUUUCAGCAAUAAGCCAAACGCCAUCUUUAUGUAAUUCGAACCAGGGCGAUUCGAACUACAAACGUUAGUAAAUCGAACCAGGGUGGUUCGAAUUAGGUGGAGAGGCUGUUUGAAUGUAAUUCGAACCACUCCAGUUCGAACUACAACCCCACCUAAAUCGAACUAGACUAGUUCGAACCCUAGGCAAGUGUGCAACGUGAGUAAUUCGAACCAGGCUGGUUCGAAUUACCCUUGGCGUGCUCCUUCAUAAAUCGAAUCAGGGUGGUUCGAACUAGGGGUGAUUCGGCUAUAUAAGGAGUUCGAAUCACCCACAUUCGAACUACUAUUCCUUCCCCCUACCCCACCAAAUCUCAGAGAAAACGACCCAGAUUCUCUCCGAGGAAGACCUGAACGGAAUACUCUGUUGAUGGGGGACGAUCUGGCACGGUUAUAUCGCUUUGACGGAGUCGCUCAUAUAGCCGGGGUCAUCAACGACGAGCCCCAGCGAUGCAUUAGGAGCAUGCGGCGGCAGCAGGGCAUGCGACUUGAUGAAACAAUCAUACUUCACGGUAUCCUUCAGGACCGUGACUGGAAUGCGAUAGAAAAACUUCUUAACCCGCUUCGCACCUUCCACACCGAGUUUCAUCAGCACAGAUCUAACAAGGUCAUCAUAGCUCGUCGUAGGACUAACGACAAUACAGAGAGGAUCCUUAUCUGUGAACUUCACACCGGAACGAGUUUUCCUCUUAAUGGAUCCUCUGUGGUGAACCAAAACACCAAAACUCUCCUCACUAGCCAUCUUACACCCUCUAAUGAGAGCAACUCACGUUUACAACCCUAUAUAUACUGCUCAGUAUACCACUAAAUCGAACCAAGGUGGUUCGAAUUAGAAGUUGUGUAAUUCAAACCAACGUGGUUCGAAUUACUAAAUGCAGCAUAUUUCCCUAUAAUUCGAACCAGCCUGGUUCGAAUUAUGUAAACGCAUCUUCUCUCCAUAAUUCGAACUGGCCUGGUUCGAUUUACUCCAACCUUCUUCUCUCUCCGAAGUUCGAACUGCACCGGUUCGGAUUAUUAAGUAAUGCAGUUCGAACCACCCUGGUUCGAAUUAUAUAAAAAUACGUUCUGGCUUAUUGCUGAAACGAUUUUCGUUUUGGCGUAUUUAAGUAACAGGAUUCUUCACUUGGCUUAUUAGGAUUUUUUACCCUAUAUAAAAUGUGUAUUUAUCAGUCUUCAGAGCUAGCACUUGGUAUAACACCAAU